CCGGAGGUCUGAGGUCGGGCCGUGUUGCCGUCAUGCCUCAAACCCGAUCCCAGUCACAGGCUACAAUCAGUUUUCCAAAAAAGAAGCUGUCUCGGACAUUGGACAAAGCUAAAAACUCUGGUGACACCAAACUAGAACUGACCUAUGUCCAGGCCACCCACCGUUCUAAUGUAAAAAUUCUGCCUCUCAGCCCCAGAAAACGUCUGGGUGAUGACAAUCUGUGUAACACUCCCCAUUUACCACCCUGUUCUCCACCAAAGCAAGGCAAGAAAGAGAAUGGCCCCCCUUGCUCACGUUCACCUAAGGGGCGCAGAUUGGUAUUUGACAAUCAGCUGACAAUUAAGUCUCCUAGCAAAAGAGAACAAGCCAGAGCUCACCAAAACAAAAUCCAUUCCUCAGUUCGAAAAGGUCAAGAGAUCACAACAAAUUCUGAGCAGAGAUGUCCAGUGGAGAAAGAAUCUGCAUGUGUGAGACUGUUCAAGCAAGAAGGCACUUGCUACCAGCAAGCAAAGCUGGUCCUGAAUACAGCUGUCCCGGAUCGGCUGCCUGCCAGGGAAAAGGAGAUGAAUGUCAUCAGGAAUUUCCUGAGGGAGCACAUCUGUGGGAAAAAAGCUGGAAGCCUUUAUCUUUCUGGUGCUCCUGGAACUGGAAAAACUGCCUGCUUAAGCCGAAUUCUGCAAGACCUCAAGAAGGAACUGAAAGGCUUUAAAACUAUCAUGCUGAAUUGCAUGUCCUUGAGGAGUGCCCAGGCUGUAUUCCCAGCUAUUGCUCAGGAGAUUUGUCAGGAAGAAGUAUGCAGGCGAGCUGGGAAGGACAUGAUGAAGAAACUGGAAAACCAUAUGACUGCAGAGAAGGGCCCCAUGAUUGUGUUGGUGCUGGACGAGGUGGAUCAGUUGGACAGCAAAGGGCAGGAUGUAUUGUACACACUGUUCGAAUGGCCAUGGCUAAGCAAUUCUCGAUUAGUGCUGAUUGGUAUUGCCAAUACCCUGGAUCUCACGGACAGAAUUCUGCCGAGGCUUCAAGCUAGAGAAAAAUGUAAGCCUCGGCUGUUGAACUUCCCACCUUAUACCAAAAAUCAGAUAGCCACUAUCUUGCAGGAUCGGCUUGAUCUGGUAUCUAGAGCUCAGGUUCUGGACAAUGCUGCAAUUCAGUUCUGUGCCCGAAAAGUCUCUGCUCUUUCAGGAGAUGUUCGAAAAGCGCUAGAUGUUUGCAGGAGAGCUAUUGAAAUUGUAGAGUCGGAUGUCAAAAGCCAGACUGUCCUCAAACCGCUGUCUGAAUGCAAAUCACCCUCUGAGUCACUGGUUCCCAAGCGGGUUGGUCUUAUUCACAUAUCCCAAGUCAUCUCAGAAGUUGAUAGUAACAGAAUGACUUUGAGCAAAGAAGGAGCACAAGAUUCCUUCCCUCUUCAGCAGAAGAUCUUGGUCUGCUCUUUGCUGCUCUUGACCCGGCAGCUGAAAAUCAAAGAGGUCACUCUGGGGAAGUUAUACGAAGCCUAUAGUAACGUCUGUCGCAAACAGCAGGUGGCAGCUGUGGACCAGUCAGAGUGUUUGUCACUUUCAGGGCUCUUGGAGGCCAGGGGCAUUUUAGGAUUAAAGAAAAACAAGGAAACCCGCUUCACAAAGGUGUCUUUGAAGAUUGAAGAGAAGGAAUUAGAGCAUGCUCUAAAAGACAAAGCUUUAAUUGGAAAUAUCUUAGCUACUGGAUUGCCUUAAAUUAUUUUCUUUUAUACUAAUAUGCUACCCGAAAGUAUCCAGCUGGUGUUGAGAGCU